UUUACCGUGUUGGUCGGUUUUAGCGCGCCUCCUAACUUAACGUUCGAAUUACAAAAUCCCUUGACACUGGCCGUGAAAAAUGUGCAUAAAAUUAAAAAGUUAGACCAUAUACAGCUGUGCCAAACAAUGGGAUUGAGUGAACGAUUUUCAUACGCGUUUUGGCGGCAAACUUGGAUGUCAGUGAGUUUGACAGAUGAACCUCCCGCGCUUUUCGUUCAGGUGCGUUCGAACACACUUUGAUAAUGUUUGAUUAAUGAUCACCCGAUUCAAGACGUUGUACGAAAUUAUUUAAAAAAAUCUUGAACAAAUUCUAUAAAUACGAGAACAAUAAAUCAGUUUAACUAAAGAUUUGUGUCACAAAAUAAACUACGUUGGCCCAGAUUUGUUGAUUCGUGAAUUAUUUCUACAUAAAACAUCAAAGCUGUACAACACGAAGUUGUUUCAAUGUAUUGAUAAAAUUAUGUGAUAUAUUUGGGUUUAGAAUAAAGAAUAUUGUUAAAAAAUCGUGGUAUAGGCGUCAGAUAUGAUGAGUGCGAUGGGAUGUUCGCACGUGGCGGCUUGUAGAGACAUUGCUAUCGAGUGACGUAUUUAUUAAUGUUCUCCCGUGCUUUGACAAAUUGCUAUUGUGAUAAAUAUAGUGUGACAUGGACGUAUUCCUGUUAAUCUUCAAAGGGUUGAAAAUUGAUGAUGUAAGUUGUCGUAGGUACUCGCUAGAUGGCGAUGCUUGCACGCUUUGAGCGUGGCUAGCCGCUAAGCUGCAACAACCACCCGAUGGGAAAGACGUCCGGAGGGCGUCCCGACGCAGGAGUCCGCGCUCAGAGAUUCAGUAGUCGCAGAGAGUCAGGUGUUGCGUGGGGGCGGCGCGGGCGCGGUGUGGGCGGCGCGCGGGGGGCGGGCGGCGCGUGGCGGCGGCGUGAGCGCGCUGCACACCCGCGCAGGCCCAUGGAGAUCCUCACCAGCAUCUACGCGCUACUCGCUGGAGGGCAAGGGAUAAAUCCCAAAAUCGACUCAAUAGCAUUUCGCCUACACUGUGGAGCCACUACGGCAGCAUUGCUUGCUGCCAGCGCAGCUCUAACAACACGCCAUCUCGUGGGCAAUCCUAUAGAUUGCAUUCAUACAAGGGACAUACCAGAAGACGUUCUGAACACCUACUGCUGGAUACAUUCAACGUUUACGGUAGCUGGUGAGGCCGGUGCCUAUCCUGGUGUCAGGAGUUCUGGAAACUCGCCACGACGCUACGGGAAGUACUACCAGUGGGUGGCUUUCACACUCUUCUUGCAGGCCAUGUUAUUCUACGCUCCACGGUGGUUAUGGAAGUCAUGGGAAGGAGGAAAAAUCCGGGCUCUUAUGAUGGACCUGGACGUAGGUGUGUGCACCGAGAUAGAGAAGAAGACGAAGAAGAAAUUGAUACUGGAUUAUCUGUGGGAGAACCUGCGCUACCACAACUGGUGGGCCUACCGUUAUUAUCUGUGCGAGGGGCUCGCUCUUGUCAAUGUUAUUGGGCAAAUGUUCCUUAUGAACCGCUUCUUUGAUGGCGAGUUCAUGACUUUUGGGCUAGAUGUGAUAGCCUACAUGGAAUCUGACCAGGAGGACAGGAUUGAUCCGAUGAUUUAUAUAUUUCCUAGAAUGGUAAAAUGCACAUUAUUCAACAAGUUCGGUUCGUCGGGCGAGGUUGAGCGCCACGACGCGCUCUGCAUUCUGCCGCUGAACGUCGUCAACGAGAAGAUCUACGUGUUCCUCUGGUUCUGGUUCGUCAUCCUCGGCAUCCUCACCUUAAUCACACUCAUCUACAGAAUCGUCAUCAUCUUCUCCCCUCGCAUGCGCGUUUACAUGAUGAGAAUGAGAUUCAGACUCGUCAGACGAGACAAUGUAGACACGAUCGUGCGCCGGAGCAAGAUGGGGGAUUGGUAUCUCCUGUACAUCCUCGGGGAGAACCUCGACUCGGUCAUAUUCAGGGAUAUCAUGAAUGAGUUCGCAAACAAAUUAAAUCACAACUAUCAACAUCAUAUCCACGGUGUUCCUGACGCGUGACCUCCGGUCCCAGGGUGGGUGUUCCACACGUGACUGACGUCGUUACAGCGCCACAUGGACCCUCCCGUCUGAGUGCGCUGUAAUUCAUAAAGUGUCUAUAGACUUCAAAAUUUCCUCGUUCACAUAUGAACAUUAAAUUAGCGGACCUAAUCGAUGGCCUUGAGGCACCCCACGCCCACGCUGGACAAUGCAAGCCGCGGAGUGUACUUGUAUAUCAAAGAGAGUUGUUAAGCUGUAUUUGUAAACUUAAUAGUGCAAUUCUAAAAAGCAAUAAUAGAUUGUACUUUAUGUUUAAGAACGUGAUCUCAGGAUGAAUUCUGUCAGAAGCCUUUAAAAGUCAUCGGAGACGGCUAUCCCGUUAGAGUGUCUAGUGUUCAACUUUUAGAAGUACUUUUACUAGUAGUUUGGCUGCUCUUAGAAAUUGUUUGUCGAGACCGCUUCGUUUCUAUAAACUAGCGAAUAUAUUGAAGAUAAGCACACAGAUAGCACACCACUUGUCUUUUUACACGAUUUCUCACUUGCAGCAUGUUUCAGACCAAUAUGAAAUUAAAGCAAUAAUUAAAUAUUUAAUCGAUGAUGUAAGAUGGUUAGGUAUAAGGACAAUUGGCAAUAAAUUGACGACACAACAGUGUCAGAACUUUUGCGCGUCAAAAGACAUUAACGAAAUCGCAAAACAAAUGAGUAAUUUGAAAUAAGAAUAAGUGGAGUUGUAAGUUAAUUUUCUUAUAGACAGGUUGCUCAUUUAGUUGGUUAUUCAAUUCGAAAUGCGACUGAAAGAAAAUCGUCUAAAAAGAUUUUCUAUCAACGGAAUGAAACAGGAAUACUAUCUGUUACAUCUAGGUGAUAUCUGAAAUAGAUUUCGGCGUAUUUCUAUUUCAGAACGCUCUUAAUCUAGAAGGUAUCAACUAAAGAGAAGAGUUAGAAGAGAAACUUUGGGAAGUUGUUGUGUUUAAUAAUUAGUAGUUUCUAAUAUAAGUGUAAAGGUUGUUUGUCUGUAACGAUGUAAUGUUAGUCUCACUGAUUUUCUUUACUUGCCAAUUGAUAUUAGCUAACUCAGAAAUAUACUAUAAAAAUUAUUAUAUACACCAAUACUGCCAUUGGACUAGAGUUAAUUGAACAUUAAGGAUAGCGCAUUUAAAUUUAAUAUUUAUAUCAUACUGUUAGCGCUUAGCUCUGAAAUCUUGUGAAUUGUACGGUUGCGAUCGAGCGAGUCCUCAUAUAAGAGUAUCAGUAGACUCAAUAUAUCUGUCUCCUGGUAAUUUCAGAUCUAAGCGCGUGAACUAUUUGUUUCUAGUCACUUGAGUACUCGUUUAUGUACGUCGACUUAGACAUAUGGAAUAGGCUCUGACAAAAGUCUGAGAAGCAAAGACAACACGUGUCUACAGUUUAUUUGACAGAUCUCUAUUCUCUAUGUCAAGUUGACAUAAUAAAUCAUGAGAUUAUUUAUUGAAUGACAGUAUUGUAUUUAGCAUCAUAAACGCCAAAUAUUGUGCCAAAUAGAGGGAUGUCAAGAAAAGAAGUUACCGCAAGAGAUACCAAAUAUAUUAUGGAAAAAUAUU